AUUGACAUAUUUUUCAUGUUUUGAUUUUGUAUCAUUUCAAAUCGCGUUUCUACAUUAAUUUAUUUGAGAUUUAAAUAAUAUUACUCUAACUACAUGUAUAAAAAUAACUAUACUAUAAUAAGAAUGUCCUCAUCAUUUUAAAAACAUAAUUCUUCAUGGUGUUUCCUCAAGAAUUCAUCUCCCUACAACGAAAUCUACCUACAAUGACUGACGAGAGGAAUUUUCGUUCUUCCUACUAUGAAAAAGUCGGCUGUCGCGGUGUAGAAGAGAAGAAAUCUUUGGAGAUUCUCAUGAAAGAAAAACCAUGGGAUAGAGUGAAGUUAAAACAGUUUUGUCUGAGAUUUACUGUACCGGCCGCUUAUCGUAAUUUAGUGUGGAAAGUAUUAUUAGAUAUCCUCCCAGUGUAUCCAGAUUCCCAUCAAUUUGUGAUGGAGAUGCGCACAGAUCAAUACAACGAUCUGCUAUAUGCCGUUCAGAAGAUGGAUUUAGCCGACAUGUCUGGGCCGAGGAGUCAGAUACUAUUAGCCAUGUGGUUAUUGGAGCUAGAGGACAGAAAACCACCGAUAUUUCCCGAGAGCAAUUGUUCUUCAGCGGACACAUUCAUACCAAUAGCGAACACACUACUAGAGCUCUACGACAAUGAGGUGGACGUGUACUGGCUGACAAAGGGACUGAGCGAGAUUGUGAAGAACAUGCAGAAGGACCUCGGCAAACUCAAGGAGGCCUUCCAAAACAUGCUCGAGAAAGAAGACGCAGAGUUGUAUAAUCAUUUAAUAGAAAUAAAGGCAUUGGACAAGUUGCCGCUGACAAGAUGGUUUAACUGCUGUUUCGCUGGUGUCUUGGAUGAUACAUCACUUACUAAGAUAUGGGAUAAAGUAUGUAGUGGUGCGCCUAAAAUACUAUCAUUUGUUGCUGUCAUGUUGAUUGUCACGCUCAGGAGGAAUAUAUUGAGAGCUAAAACAGAGGAAGAGGUCAUUAAAUAUGUUUCAGAGAUCCCAGAACAGUGUGAAGAAGUAGUAGCAAAUAAGGCAAUUGAGCUCUGGCAAUACUAUGCCCAGCCACAGAAUGAUCAACUAGCAAAGAAAUGAUGUAUGACCUUCUAAUGAGCGCGUCUCAUUAGAAACAGGAAGAAAUAUGACUGUCUCGUUCUAGUGCGAUAGAGAGAGAUAGCAAUAAUAUUUAAAUGUAAAGAAAUUUGAAUAAGCUAUUUCGCUCUAAUACAAAUACCGAAUCAAGUGCUUCUUUGAGAUUAUAUUUGGUGAAUUUUAUAUGUCUUGCACAAAUUUGAAAUGUAAAGUUUUCUUACUGUAUAAAAUAUGUGCUUGUAAUAAAUAAAUAAUUGAUCAAAUGUAAGAAAAGGUUUUAUGAAUAUUUUAUGAAAAAUAAAUUUAUGUACGUAGUAAA